AUGGGAGUCCAGGGGCUGUGGAAAUUGCUGGAGUGCUCCGGGCGGCAGGUCAGCCCGGAAACACUGGAGGGGAAGAUACUUGCUGUUGAUAUUAGCAUUUGGUUAAACCAAGCACUUAAAGGAGUCCGGGACCACCAUGGGAAUGCAAUAGAAAAUGCUCAUCUUCUCACUUUGUUUCAUCGGCUCUGCAAACUUUUAUUUUUUCGAAUUCGUCCUAUUUUUGUGUUUGAUGGGGACGCUCCACUCUUGAAGAAACAGACUUUGGCUAAGAGAAGGCUGAGAAAGGACUGCGCAUCCAGUGACUCCAGAAAAACUACAGAGAAGCUUUUGAAAACAUUUUUGAAAAGACAAGCUAUCAAAACCGCCUUCCAAAGCAAAAGAAAUGAAGCACUACCCAGUCUUACGCAAGUUCGAAGAGAAGAUGACAUCUAUGUUUUGCCUCCUUUACAAGAGGAAGAAAAACAUAGUUCAGAAGAGGAAGAUGAAAAAGAAUGGCAAGAAAGAAUGAAUCAAAAACAAGCAUUACAGGAAGAGUUCUUUCAUAAUCCUCAAGCGAUAGAUAUUGAGUCUGAGGACUUCAGCAGCCUGCCCCCUGAAAUAAAGCAUGAAAUCUUAUCUGAUAUGAAAGAAUUUACCAAGCGAAGAAGAACAUUAUUUGAAGCAAUGCCAGAGGAGUCCAAUGACUUUUCACAAUACCAGCUCAAAGGCUCGCUUAAAAAAAACUAUCUAAACCAGCACAUAGAACAGGUCCAAAAGGAAAUGAAUCAGCAACAUUCAGGACAAAUCCAAAGGCAAUAUGAAGAUGAAGGGGGCUUUUUGAAGGAGGUAGAGUCAAGGAGAGUGGUCUCUGAAGACACUUCACAUUACAUCUUGAUAAAAGGUAUUCAAGCCAAGAAAGUUGCAGAAGUGGAUUCAGAGUCUCUUCCUUCUUCCAGCAAAAAGCACAGCAUGUCUUUUGACAUGAAAUCAUCUCCAUGUGAAAAAGUGAAGACAGAGGAAGAGGCCGGGGCCGCCCCUCCUUCUCCAAGAACUUUGCUGGCUGUGCAAGCUGCCCUGCUGGGGAGCAGCUCCGAAGAGGGCUUGGAGAGUGAGGAUCGAAGGCAGCUGGGAGAGAGGAGCGCACGUGCUGCUGCAAGUGAGGGCUCCCUGUCCCCGCGCACUCUCUGCGCCAUUCAGAGAGCUCUAGAUGAUGAUGAAGAUGUGAAGGUGCCCACAGGGGAUGCCGUGCAGCUGGGAGGGCCAGGAGCAACCGAACUGCUUCUGGACAGUUCCACUGAGGACAACAAGGACGGACUCAAAGUGAGCAAUGGGAAAGGAGCGCUGUUGACUGCGGUACCGGCUUCCACCAGCGUGAACUCCGCGGAGGAGCCUGCAGCCGGCACCGGUGACCAGAGAGGGCCGACAGACUCGGCUCCUUUGCUAAGUGCUGUCUUUUGUCAAGGCAGUGAAUCUGAUGUCCCAAAAGAACAAAUGUCAUUUAUUCACGUGGCGGACGAAGCCUUUCAAGCAAGGGAUGAAUCUGCCGUUAAAGACAGAAAAGAUCCACUUCCCUCGGAAAGCACAGAGGUUAUGCACAGGGACGCACCCGGGCUCGCGAGUGGAAAGGAACUGACGCAGGCACUGAGCUCUGUGUCGAGAAGUAAAACAACAUGUGCCAAAGUGCUCGAUCCACAGGAAGACAUUUGCCCAUCUAAGAGUAAAUAUGCUCCCUCUGUUCUUUCAAGUGAUGACGAAACAGAAUAUGAACAAAAUCCUGCUUCUGAAGUCAUUGGUACUGUCAGUUUGCAAGAAACGAGUAACACAGUAAGCGUCCCUUCAGAGGCAGUAGGUAACUUAGAAAAUGUGGUCUCAUCUUCUGCUAAAGAGCACGAGAAUUUCCUAAAAACCAUCCAAGAACAGGAGAUGAUUGAAUCUGCAGGCCGGGAUUUAAUUUCAGUUCCAGGGUCUGUGAAACCAAUGGAAAUCGACUCGGAAGAAAGUGAAUCUGAUGGGAGUUUCAUUGAAGUACAGAGUGUGGUUAGCGAUGAUGAACUUCGAGCUGAAUUGCAUGAAGCUUCCAAAUCUCCCUCCGAACGAAGUGAAGAGGAACUGAUAGAAACUAAGGAGGAAGAAGCCACUGCUGACACCGGGAGCCUCCCAAAGGACAUCUCUGAACACACAGACUUAGAUAUUGAGGCACACCAAGAAGCUGGAAAAGAUGCUGAUGAUUCGAUCAAUGAAUGGGAAGAUAUUAAUUUGGAGGAGCUGGAAACUCUGGAGAGCAACCUUUUAGAACAACAGAAUUCACUGAAAGCUCAAAAACAGCAGCAAGAACGGGUUGCUGCUACUGUAACCGGACAGAUGUUCCUGGAAAGCCAGGAACUUCUGCGCCUGUUUGGCAUUCCCUACAUCCAGGCUCCCAUGGAGGCAGAGGCACAAUGCGCCAUCCUGGACCUGACCGAUCAGACUUCUGGAACCAUCACUGAUGAUAGUGAUAUCUGGCUGUUUGGAGCACGGCAUGUCUAUAAAAAUUUCUUUAAUAAAAACAAGUUUGUAGAAUAUUACCAAUAUGUGGACUUUCACAACCAAUUAGGAUUGGAUCGGAACAAAUUAAUAAACUUGGCCUAUUUGCUUGGAAGUGAUUAUACCGAGGGUAUACCAACUGUAGGUUGUGUGACAGCCAUGGAAAUUCUCAAUGAAUUCCCUGGACAUGGGCUGGAACCUCUCCUAAAGUUCUCAGAGUGGUGGCAUGAAGCUCAAAAAAAUAAGAAGAUAAGACCUAAUCCUCAUGACACCAAAGUGAAAAAAAAAUUACGGAAGUUGCAACUCAUACCUGGCUUUCCUAACCCAGCUGUUGCAGACGCUUACCUCAAACCUGUGGUGGACGACUCCAAGGGAUCGUUUCUGUGGGGGAAACCUGAUCUUGACAAAAUUAGAGAAUUUUGUCAGCGGUAUUUUGGCUGGAACAGAACGAAGACAGAUGAAUCUCUGUUUCCAGUAUUAAAGCAACUCAAUGCCCAGCAGACACAGCUACGAAUUGAUUCUUUCUUCAGAGUAGCUCAACAGGAGAAACAAGAUGCUAAACGUAUUAAGAGCCAGAGACUGAGCAGAGCUGUGACAUGUAUGCUAAGGAAAGAAAGAGAAGAAGCAGCCAAUGAAAUAGAAGCAGUUUCUGUUGCUAUGGAGAAAGAAUCUGAGCUACUUGACAAGGCAAAAGGAAAAACCCAGAAGAAAAGCAUAGCAAAUAAAUUGAAAGAGUCAUCAAGCCUGAAAAGAAAGAGGUGUUCAGAUUCUAAACGAGACAACAAAUGUGGUGGAUUUUUGGGGGAGACCUACCUCUCAGAAUCAUCUGAUGUGUCUUCAAGUGAGGAUGCUCAAAGUUUAUCUUUAAUCAACGCGCAAAGGAAAAAAGGAGAAAAAGAAUCAAAAAUCAGCUCUUCAGAUUUGCAGAACUCGGUGAAGGAGGCUCAUGUGAAGGACGGAGGUGUGACCACAGGCAGUUCUAGCGACGACGAUGGAGAGAAAGCAACGACAGUCCUCGUGACGGCCAGAUCCGUGUUUGGGAAGAGAAGAGGAAAACUGAGAAGCGCAAGGGGAAGAAAAAGGAAAACCUAA